AUCCUCACACUCUCCCCGCAGCAUCACAUUCUUUGCAUGUUCACCCUACAUGGCUUUGAGCUGGUGGUCACCGUCUUGAGUGUUUGUUGAAAGGCUUUCAUUCGGUGUGUGUGUGUGUGUGUGUGUGUGUGUGAACGGUAUUGUUUGUUAUUAUGUCUAAAGGACUCUAUUCGCCUCUAGACUAAAUCAAUCCUCUGGGUCAUUGGGAAUGGGAUAACUCAUUGUAAUUUCUGAAAUGUGCGUGUUUGCUCGCGACAGGUCUUCACUUGAGACUCUGUGUCCGUCUGUCUUCGUAUGUUCACAAAAGAAAAUGUGUGUGUUUGAUUGCAUGUUUUUGUGUGUGUGUGUGUGUGUGUGUGUUUCUGCGUACCCAUGGUUUCCAGAGCAGAAGCAGCUGUCCUGGCUGUUGAACUGUGUCCCUGUUACUGUCUCUAUUUCUGGACCCUGUGUUGUUCUAAAGGUCAAAUGAAGUGGCUUGGAAUCCCCGUGAGGCAGGAGGGGGCAGGGGGGCCAUACACUCACUCACACAGAAACACAUUGACCCCCACACACUGGGCAACACUGACAUUCACUAUCUAAGACAAAGACAGGGUACCCUGAGGUAGAGAGAGCCGGACAGGAUUCUACAUAGAACAGAACACUAAGGCAACACUGAUGUAGAGAAGGGAAUCCGACCUUUAGAAGUCAUCUGUAGAAAUCUGAGCACAGUGGAGGCGAAGAGUCUGACCUGACAAAGUUUCUGGGGAAGAGUGAUUUCUUAUUGUUUCAGAGGAAAAGUCUGGUUCGACAUUGUUUCAGAGGACGUUGGAUUGACAGACACUGUCCUCAAAACCAUGGACAAUAUAUCACUCCAUGAGGAACCAACAGCCAACCAGAGAGAGGACAACAAAAACAACAAUCAGACAGAGGAGGAGGCUCCAGGGCAGGACUGUGCCCCUCCCGUGGUGAAGCACCUGGCAGAGGUCAUAGUCAAAGGUCAUGGGGUCAAGUCAGAGACUAAUGGGGAGAAAGCUCCUGAACAGGCCGCAGUGGCGAGAAACGGAAACAUGGUGGAGUCUCAAACUGAAGCCCACGCAAAUGAGGACACUGGUGAGGGGGUACACAAGGAUGACGAGGGGUUACCUCAUGGUGCUGGCACAGUAGAGAUGGAAGACCCCAAAUUAACAAACAGACAGGAUGAAGAAAAUGAGGAGGGUGAGAAAGAGGGGGAGGUAGAGAAGGAGGAGGGGGAAGAAAUGGAUGAAUCGAAGGAGAAGGUGGUCGAGAAGGAGGGGGAGGACGUGGAUGAACAGGAGAAGAGGGAGGUCGAGAAGGAGGGGGAGGAUGUGGAUGAACAGAAGAAGAGGGAGGUCGAGAAGGAGGGGGAGGACGUGGAUGAACAGGAGAAGAGGGAGGUCAAGAAGGAGGGGGAUGAACAGGAGAAGAGGGAGGUCGAGAAGGAGGGGGAUGAACAGGAGAAGAGGGAGGGAGAAAACGAGGAGAUCGUAGAGAGGAAGGGGGAGGGGGGAAAGGAAGAGGAGGUAGGGCAAGAGGGGGGUGGAGACAAAGAAGAGUGA